AUGCUUCGUACGGCACGGGCUGCUGGCGUGCUGCCCAAAGCCCGUACGGCCUACGCCUUGUUCCUGCAGCAGUGCCUGAAGGAGUACGGCUCGAAAGCGAAGAAUAUCAAGGAACAUCAGACACGUAUUUCCAGGGCGGGUGCGCGCUGGCGGAAACUGACGCCGCAGCAGAAAGAGAAAUUCAAUGAGCAGGCCGCAGAGGAGCUUCGACAACGAAAAGAAGCGCUUCAGGAGAUGCAGGCCCCGAACAUGGAGGAGGAGACGCCAACCCCGAAACCCCAUGAGCCCUCUGUCAAGGUACCUGUCACAAAUUUGGGCAAAUGGAUCGUGGAGGAGAGGCUGGGCCACGGAGGAUACGGCAAUGCGUUCGUUGUCAGGCAUCAAACGACUGGCGUGAGGGCAGCGGCAAAACUUUGGAAGGAGGAGGGCGAGAGCUCCAGGGACGAGUUGAACAUCUACCUGGCGUUGCGAGAGGCGCCGGAUAAUUUUUGCAAAGCCUUCUUCUUGCCGCUCCUGCAGCACUGCAUCGACGCGCCCAUGGAGUGGAUGGUGAUGCCCUGGCAACCUAUGGGUUCCCUGCGAACGCAAAUUAAGAGCAGUGGGCCCCUCAAACCAAAGGAAGUUAAAGCAGUCCUUUGCCAGGGAGCAGUUGGAUUGAAUUACCUCCACUGCUUGGGGUUCUUGCAUCUCGACGUGAAGCCCGCCAACUUGCUGUGGUGCCCUGCGCGUCACCACAUGCAGAUUAUCGACUUCUCCUUGUCCUGCGUGUUUCCCUUGAAACGCGCUCGUGAAGAUCCGGUGGGUACGCCCAGCUACCGAGCCCCUGAAGCCUGGAACUUGCCAGUUCAAAUUGGCCCCUUUACGGACUCUUUCGCCAUGGGUUGCGUGGCUUUUGAGGCGGCUACCGGAGACAUACUCUUUCACGGCAGCACCAAGGAGGAGAUCAAAUCUAAGAUUAUGAAGCUGUCCAAGCGAGGUGAGGUCACCGGAAAGUGGCCCUUGCUUGGGGAACUGCGGCUCACCGUCUGGAAACUGGUUGGUGAAGCCAAAGCGCGGCCUGACCUUAAGGGGAUUGCCACUAUCUGA